AGGGAAGAGAACCUGAGAUGAGGUCUGGGCUAUCAGUGGCUGGUGGCCACUCAGGGAGGGAAUAGGAAGACCCCGCCUCCCAAAUCUUCAAUCAUUCUUUCAACAGUUAUUUAAUGAGCACCUAAUAUGUGCCAAGAAACCGGAGGCCAGGGAGAUAGUUGAGUCUCCCUCCCAAAUAAAGGGCAUCAGGAAGGCAGGAGCCCCAGGUAGGGACAGGUAGCCCCCCUCCCCCCUCCCCCCCCCCCAGUGCGCCUGGCCCAGCCUAUUCAGAUCUGUCCAUUCCAGCCUCCCCGCUUGUGGGCGCUGUGCUGCUCCAGUCUGCCCGAGCCCCUCCUGCAGGAGAUUCUCUCUGCUACCUUUCUAGACUCUUGCUGCAGGUCCAUCUGGACAGAACCUGAGUCCGGCCAGCAUGGCGGGGCCUCCGCCAGCACGUGGUCUCCGGACCCCCUGACGGAUGAGGCUGUAUCUGCGACCCUCCUUCCCUCAGAAGCACCACGAUCGCGCGGGCACAGGCGGUCGGGGGCCUCUCGGUAGCCCUGUGCGCGCGCACGCGCGUGUAGCAGGCCCACCGACGGGCGCGCGCCUGCCUGUCAGCGGCGCUGAUGACAUUGGCGCGGAGGAAAGUGAUGACAAAUGCCCGUUAUCAGCGAACGAGGCCGAUGACAAAUGGGCGGGCGCCCGAGCAGCCCCAUUACGCUGUAAUAACAGAAGAUGGAUGGCCCGGCGCCCCCCACCCCCUUACGCCGGUAACCGGAGCCCAGUCGGCUCCGCCCGCUGGGAGGGACCGGCGCCCCGCCGGCCGCCACUCACGCGGGGAGGGAGGCCGAGGCCUGGCGGCCCAGGCCCCCCGGGAACAAAGCGGCCCGCGCGGCCAGGGCACAGCGCCUGCAGCUCCUGUCCGGGAGCAGCGCCCCCCCCCCCCAGUCACGUACUUCCGUGCCACGCGAGCAGCUGCCACCCACAUCGGGGCACACACCCACCCGCACGGAUCAGUGCACGCACAGCCAUGCGCACCCACGCACCGCAAUCGUGCACACACCUGCAGCAACCACCCCGCUCAUGGGCGUGGAACGUGGCUGUGCAGCAGGCGUGCCUCACUCACAGCUGCAUGUGCACUGCGCAGGGGCGCCCAACACCCACACCCAGUGACUACAGCCGCCUCCCCACAUAUUGACCCAACCCCACUGUGCCCGGCUCAGCAGAGUGCAGUGGGCUUGCCAUGAUGAAUACCCAUCACCCCCGUCCUCUAGGACUUGAAGUCUGCUCAAGAGGGGCAGACAAACGGCUACCAGGGAAGACUGGAGAGGGUUGGUGCUAUUGACCCAAGCGCAUACUUGGUGAUACUGCCAACUGGAAACAAGGAAACUCUUCCUGGAGAAGGCAGUUCAAGAAAAGAGUGUGUUAGCAGGAGG